AUGGAGAAGAAUUUCAUGCAAAAGUACAUUGACCAGCUCAAUGAGGCACAACGACAACCCGUUCUAAAAAAAGACGGGCCAAUGAUUAUUAUUGCUGGAGCGGGUUCUGGGAAAACCCGUGUUUUAACUAUUAGAAUUGCUUACUUGAUGGCGCAGGGUAUUGACGCUUUCAAUAUUUUGUCGCUUACGUUUACGAACAAAGCUGCUCGUGAAAUGAAGCACAGGAUUUCGGAUAUUGUGGGAGCAUCUGAAGCAAAAAAUCUUUGGAUGGGAACUUUUCACUCGAUCUUUGCCCGUAUUCUUCGUGCGGAGUCGGAUCAUUUAGGUUAUCCAUCGAAUUUUACCAUUUAUGAUUCUCAGGAUUCAGCGAGAUUAAUUUCUUCGAUUAUCAAAGAAAUGCAGCUGGAUCGUGAUGUUUAUAAACCAAAACAAAUAUUAGGACGUAUAUCUAAUUAUAAAAAUAGUUUGAUUACGGUAAAAGCCUAUUUCAAUAAUCCUGAACUGGUAGAGGCUGAUGCAAUGGCCAAAAGACCUCGUUUGGGAGAAAUUUAUCAACAAUACGUAGAGCGUUGUUUUAAAGCAGGAGCGAUGGAUUUUGAUGAUUUGUUGUUGAAAACCAAUGAGUUAUUGACCCGUUUUCCGGAGGUUUUAGCCAAAUAUCAGAAUCGUUUUCGUUACAUAUUGGUGGAUGAGUACCAGGAUACGAAUCAUUCUCAGUAUUUGAUUGUUAGGGCUUUAUCAGAUAAGUUUCAGAAUAUUUGUGUGGUUGGUGAUGAUGCGCAGAGUAUUUAUGCUUUCCGUGGGGCGAAUAUUAAUAAUAUUUUGAAUUUCCAGAAAGAUUAUGAAGGCGUAAUAAUGUUUCGUUUAGAGCAAAAUUACCGUUCGACGAGAAAUAUUGUUGAAGCGGCGAAUACUGUAAUGGAACAUAAUAAAACGAAACUGGAUAAGGUAGUUUGGACUGCGAAUGAUUUUGGCUCAAAAAUUAAAAUACAUCGUAGUUUAACAGAUGCUGAAGAAGGACGUUUUGUAGCAAGUACCAUUUUUGAACAAAAAAUGCAAAAUCAAUUGCAUAAUGGUGCAUUUGCGAUUUUGUAUCGUACGAAUGCUCAGUCGCGUGCAAUGGAGGAUGCUUUGCGUAAGAGAGAUAUUCCGUAUCGUAUUUAUGGUGGAUUGUCGUUCUACCAACGUAAGGAGAUUAAAGAUGUUUUGUGUUAUUUGCGUUUGGUAAUUAACCCAAAAGAUGAAGAAGCGCUGGUUCGUGUAAUUAAUUAUCCGGCUCGUGGAAUUGGUGAUACAACGGUUGAGAAGUUGACUAUCGCCGCGAAUCAUUAUAAGCGUUCGAUUUGGGAAGUGAUGGUGAAUAUUGAUAAAAUCGACUUGAAACUGAACACAGGAACAAAGAACAAAAUCAAUGAUUUUGUGACAAUGAUACAGAGUUUUCAGGUUAUUGAUCAAAAUCAGGAUGCUUUUUAUAUUACUGAUUAUGUGACUAAGAAAACCGGUCUUGUUCAGGAAUUAAAGAAAGAUGCUACUCCUGAAGGAAUGGCAAAGAUUCAGAAUAUCGAAGAACUUUUAAACGGUUUAAAAGAUUUUACCGAAGGACAAAAAGAAAUUGAUGGCGCAAGAGGAGCUUUGUCUGAAUUUAUGGAAGAUGUAGCGCUUGCAACUGAUUUAGAUAAAGACACAUCUGAUGAAGAUCGUGUGGCAUUAAUGACGAUUCACUUAGCAAAAGGAUUGGAAUUUCCUCAUGUUUUUGUGGUAGGAAUGGAGGAAGAUUUGUUUCCGAGUGCGAUGAGUAUGAGCACAAGAAGCGAACUAGAAGAAGAACGUCGAUUAUUUUACGUAGCUUUAACUCGUGCAGAGCAUCAUGCUUAUUUAACAUAUGCACAAUCGCGUUACCGUUGGGGGAAACUGACAGAUAGCGAACCAUCGCGUUUUAUUGAAGAAAUCGACGCACAAUACUUGGAAUAUUUAACUCCGGCAGAAACGAAUUACCGAUAUAAAUCACCUAUCGAUGGGGAUAUUUUUGGAGAUGUCGACAAAUCUAAAUUAAGACUGGCAAAACCAAUUGGAUCUACGCCACCAAAACAUGUUACGAAUAAUCAGCCAAAGCCUGAUUUGAAUAUUCGUAAAUUAAAGCCCAUGACAGGAACGAAUCCUAAUAGUGCUGCGCCGAAUUUAUUUGAUAAUAAGCUAACUAUUGGAAAUGUUGUAAUGCACGAACGUUUCGGUAAAGGUGAAGUCGUAAAUUUAGAAGGUGUUGGUGCUGAUAAAAAAGCAGAAAUAAAAUUUGAAGUUGGAGGUAUCAAGAAAUUGUUGCUAAGAUUUGCUAAAUUAGAUGUGGUAGGGUAG